AUGACUCCAACUCCCCCCUCCAUGGGAGAACUCUCUGCCACCAUCACUCAACUCCUCAAAAGCCAACAAUUGUUUCAAGCCAAUUUGUCAGCAAACAUCCACAACCUCACAUCUAAAUUCCAUGACCUCCGAUCACAUAUUCCACCAUCAGAUUUCACUUCACCCUUCACAUAUCAACCUCAUCCUAAUAGCCCCACACCAUAUCCAUGGUGGUAUUCACUCACACCAUUUCCUCAAUAUCAUCCUCCAAAACCACAUGAUUCAUCACAGGAUCCAAUUUCAACCACCAAAGAAACAAACACAGUGGAUUUGCAACACAAGGUCAACACGGGAGGUGAGUUGUUCACCAAUUCAGAUUCAGUCACUGGGAUUUUUCAAGAAGAAACUCUGAAUAUGUCUCAGCUUCAAAAUAGAGUCAUGGAUCCAAUGCAAAUCCUUGAGGCUUGUGUCGUCGGACCCAAAACCCUAGAACAACAACAACAAUUUCAAUGGAAUUUUCGGGAAGAUACCGAGAAACGAAGAAGGGACAAAGACAUCACAAAUUCAAAACGAUGUCAUUACCGUCGCAGUCACCGAUAA